UUUGCCUCCCCCAUCGCCCAAUCCUCACGCGCUAACACCGCGCUUUCAGUCUCUCUCUCUUCCCUCCUCUCGUAAUUAACCCCAAUGCCAGGCCCAUUCUCUUUUGCCCCCAUAUAUUUAUAUUGAUGAAACCAAAGCAAACCAAGCCGAGACAGAGUCACAGAGAGAGUGAGAGAGAGAGGCAAUGGCGAAGUGGGGUAUGAUCCGGGACGUGGCGAGGGUAUGUCUGAUGCUCCGCAGGUGGAGUACAAGGGCUUCGCUGAGACCGGGGUGGCGGGCGCCGGUGGACGUGCCGGCGGGCCACGUGGCGAUCAGCGUGGGGAGCAGCGGGCGCCGCUUCGUGGUUCGCGCCGCACAUCUCAACCACCCCGUGUUCCGGGAGCUCCUCGCCGAGGCCGAGGAGGAGUACGGCUUCUCCGCCCGCGCCGGCCCCCUCGCCGUUCCCUGCGACGAGUCCCGCUUCGAGGAGAUCCUUCGCCAAAUCUCCUCGUCAUCAUCGUCUGCGACCAGGUUCGCGAAUCUCGACGACCUGAAUGGCUGCUUCUCCUGCUUCCACGUGGGCAUACGGAGAUCGUCGAGCUCGGAGUCCUCGCCGUUGCUCCGGUGGUUCAACAAGAAGUCGGUCUGGUGAGCCGCAGGUGCUCCGAUUUCGCCCCUCGCCGGCGGAGGCGGAGGGAUUUGGUUAUAGUUGGAGGAGGAGGGUUAAUUUGGGCUCGGAAUGUUGUUUCAAAAGACUGGGGAGUUCGUGGGGAAUGGGCGGUUUGGUUCGUGAUUUGGCGUCAUUUAAAGAUUGGAGAAGAAGUGUGUAAUGUUCUCCACUUCUCCAGUGUUAAAAAAACUGCUAACAAGACAUAAAAUAAAGAUUACUGUGAUGUUUGAUUAUAUGAUGUCAAGAGAAAUUCUUGUCACAUUUUCUAGUUGGAAGUGUAUAACUUUUUAUUUCAUGCAGACAGGUGGGACCUAAAAGGUCCAACAUUA